UGUGUGUUAGUGGUGAUGAAUGUCCAGUCUGAAGUGGCACUUUUGUUCUACUACACACUUAUUAUUUUUUAUCGCAAAAGUCCGGUCGUUCAUUCAAGCCCAAUAUUUAUAGUGUGACUAACGAAUAGUGAAGCAUAAAUAAUCUUUAAACAAUGUACUGACCAUUAUUCAUAUUCCAUAAAAUUUCUAAUAUGCCAAACAAUAAGCCAUUAAAUAACAAGCUAAUCCAGGUUUAUUAAAUCGACCGGUUUCUAGAAAUUGCAUUGAUAUAAUUUAACGCUCGUCACAGGAAGUGCUUUAUGGUAGUGCUGUUGAAACGUCUGUGUAAGGUGCAUCCAAAAUGCGGCUGUUUUUGCACAAAAUCUUCGGGAAUCAAGUCUACCAAUAUUUGGCAGCCAUCACUGGUACGAUGGGAAUAAUAUCCAGCGAGAUGCACUACGGAUGGUCGUCACCGGCCCUCCCGGUCCUGAUCAGCGGCGACGACAAGCUGAGGAUAACCAGCGAGGAGGGCUCCUGGCUGGUGGUGGCGCUGCUCGUCGGCACCAUCACCGGCGCCAUCCUGACCGGCCACCUGGCCGACGUCCUCGGCAGGAAGCUGAUCAUCUUAUGCUCCUUGGUGCCCAUCGUGGUGGGCUGGGCCUUCAUCUACUUCGCCACCAGUGUCGCGUAUCUGUUUGUGGCCCGCACCAUUGCCGGGGUGUCCGUGGGCAUGUCCUUGUCGGUGGUGCCGAUGUACCUUGGUGAGAUAGCCGAGCCGAAGCUGCGGGGUCUGCUGGCUUCUUUGUGUCCCGUGUCGCUUGUCCUGGGGAUUUUGUUCAUCAACAUCUUGGGUGGGUACAUGAGUAUAAGCAACAGUGCCCUGGCGGCCACCGUCAUACCGGUCAUAAUGGCUUUCACCUUCGUUUGGAUGCCUGAAAGUCCCACUUAUUUGCUGAUAAAAGGAAAAACUGAAGAGGCCAGACUGAGCAUGGAAAAGCUGCAAGGAAGGGAUGUUAGUCAAGAGGAGCUGCUGAAAAUAUCCGACAGGGUUAAACUGGAGUUCGAAGACAAAAAAAAGGGCUCCAAAGUGUUAUUUUCUGACAGAGUUAACCGUAAAUCAUUAAUCAUUGUCUUAGGCUUAAGAACGGUUCAGCAAUUAUGUGGAACAAGCAUUAUAACCUUCUAUUGUAAAACAAUUUUCGAAGAAACCAAAGAGUUCAUCUCCCCCAACAUUUCAUCAAUUGUUUACUUCACCAUUCAAAUGAUCGUAGCCUUAAUUUCGUCUUUAAUCGUGGACUUCACUGGAAGGCGGAUCCUGCUGUUCAUUUCAAUAGCAGGAAGUGGCAUAACUUUACUGACGACAGGUGUUUGUUUGCAUCUUAAGAAUGUUUACAACUUCGAUAACAUCUCCUACAUCCCAAUCGUCUCCUUGUUUUUCUACGUAAUUGUCUUCAACAUCGGAGUGAGGUGCAUCCCCCUGUUGAUGGUAGGGGAAAUGUUCUCACCAAGUGUCAAAUCAGCAGCAGUAAGCUUGACUGCCAUAUAUUUCAGUGUCUUCUCCAUUAUCGUGGCCAAAUUCUUCCACUACACCAAAGAAUUUUUGGGCUUACACGUUUCGUUCUACACGUUUUCACUUUUCAGCUUUCUAAGUCUUAUAUUCGUCUACCAUUUCGUGCCUGAAACAAAAGGCAAAAGUCUGGAGCAAAUACAAGAUGAACUUAGGGAGAAGGAUAGUGCAAAUGAUAAAUUGGAGAAGCCGUCUUCCAUUAAAUUCGUUUCGGAUGUGUCGUGAUGUUUAUCAUCUUUUUUUAAUUAUUUAUUACUUCAGAUGAAGGAAAAUGUUAAACUUGUUUUUUAAGUAUUUGACUUUAUUAUAUUAUACCAAAGCAACUAAUAAAUAUAUUAUUUUAUUUUA